UGGCCACCUCCUCUGUCGCCGCCGUCCCCCCGGCGGACCGCUUCGCCCUGGGCCGGGUCCAGCCCGCUCACAAGAGGCCACGGGGCGGACUCGCUAGACUAGUCCCGCCCCUCGCCUCACAGCAGCCAAUCAGAAAGCUGCAGGGGCCCACCAUUUUGUUUACAUUUUGGCGGACGCGAAAGAAGCCUCUUAGUUACGUCCAGCGCGGUUGCUAGGGGAGUUCUCGCGAUACUGCUAGUCCCACGCUCCCACUACCCGACUCAGGUGGGUCGGGUCCCAAGAUGGCGGAGGAGGCGCUGGAGCUCCUAGCCCGCGUGUCCCGGCUGGAGGAGCCCUUGGAGGAGCUGCGGGCCCUGGGGGUGGCCGUGCAGGCCCUGCCGCUGAGCGCUCUGAGGGAGCGGGCGCCCGACAUCCGCCUCGGAAGCCUCUUCGCUCUGCUCAACGUGAACGACAGAGAACAGGUUGCUUUAUGUGUUUCUAUCUUGGAGCGGUUUCUUCAGGCAGUGGAUCCAUUGUAUGUAAUCCAAAACUUCAGAGAAGAACUUCAAAAAGGACUCUUUCAUCCUGAUGAUUCAGUUAAACUUCUUACUAUAGCUCAGGUUGGAAGAAUAGUUGAAAAUUCAGAUGCUGUUAGAGAAAUUCUCAAUAAUCCUGAAUUACUAAGGCAAAUCAUUUAUUGCAUUGGUGGAGAGAAAAUAGCUGUAGCUAAAGAGGCUAUCAAAUCACUGUCGAGAAUAGCACAGACUCAAGAUGGGCUGGAGGCUUUAUUUGCAAGCAGUUUUUUAGUUGACUUGAAAAAUGUCAUGGCAACAAGUGAUCUUGUACGAUACAGAGUAUAUGAGUUAGUUGUUGAGAUUUCUUCGGUGUCUGCAGAUUCUUUGAAUUACUGUGCAAACAGUGGAUUAAUAUCUGAGCUAAUUGAAGAACUGACUGGAGAUGAUGUGCUGGUCAGAGCUACCAGUAUAGAGAUGGUGACCUCAUUGGCAUACACUAAGCAUGGACGUCAAUAUCUUGCCCAGCAAGGAAUCAUUGAUAAAAUUUCCAAUAUAAUCAUUGGGGCAGAUUCUGAUCCUUUCUCGGGCUUCUAUUUGCCAGGAUUUGUGAAAUUUUUUGGAAAUCUGGCUAUUGUAGACAGCCCACAGCAGAUCUGUGAACGAUAUCCCAUCUUUAUGGAAAAAGUAUUUGGAAUGGCCGAAGGCCAUGACCCAACCAUGAUUGGAGUGGCUGUGGACACGCUUGCAAUCCUGGGAUCAAAUGUGGAAGGAAAACAGGUUUUACAGAAAGCUGGGAGUAGAUUUCAACAUCUGUUAAACAGAAUAGGGCACCAGGCAAAGAAUCCCCCAGCAGAGCUAAGACUUCGAUGUUUGGAUGCCAUAUCAUCUCUUCUUUACUUGUCACCAGACCAGCAAACAGAAGACCUGCUAGGAAUGACUGAAUCCUGGUUUGCUGCCUUGUCUAGCCAGCCAUUGGAACUCUUCAGGAGUAUUAGUACUCAGCCAUUCCCUGAUCUCCACUGUGGGGCUUUAAGAGUGUUUACUGCUAUUGCAAACCAACCAUGGGCACAGAAACUGAUGCUUGACAGUCCAGGAUUUGUGGAAUAUAUUGUAGACAGAUCUGUGGAACCUGACAAAGCUUCAAAGGAUGCUAAAUAUGAACUGGUCAAGGCCCUUGUAAAUUCCAAAACAAUAGCUGAAAUAUUUGGAAACCAGUACUAUUUAAGGCUGAGGGCUUAUCUGCAUGAAGGUCCUUAUUAUGUUAAGGCUGUUUCUACUACUGCUGUGGAAGGGGCAGAAUAGUAUCAGCGUAACCACAUUUUUUUCCUUUUUAGCAAUCCAAUGUUAGUGGAGCAGUGAUUGGUCCAAAAUGGCUACAGUUUAGGGGCUGUAACCUCAUGAAAGAAACUUUAGAAAGCA